ACGAUUCGUCUGCCUUCAGAGCUCGCGGACGAUAUCAUGCAGCAAGCUCUGCGACUGUAUUUCCGCGACACCAACGUCAAUCAGGUGAUGCUCUUCGGGCGUGUGAACUCCCAAUCUGAUAAUGGAGAGGUGCAAACAAGCAGCGGACUACCUGCAUUCCUGAUUUCGUUGAUUUCCACACUGGAGGAGCUGUUGCGCCCCGUACUCCCUCCACCUACACACACACUUCUCUUCCCUCCGAAAACAGCUCCUCCCAGAGCGAGACAGGCCAUCUUGAACCUUUACAAUCCCGGAGAAGGCAUUUCUUCACAUGUGGACUUGUUGAAUAGAUUCGGAGACGGUAUCAUAGGUAUCAGUAUGGGGAGCGGAUGUGUCAUGAAUUUCGAGAAACAUAGCGAGCAUAAAGAUAUGGAUGAUGUGGGGAAAGAACGAUGGGAACUGUUCCUUCCAGAGAGAAGCAUCAUUGUUAUGACAGAAGAUGCGAGAUAUAGUUGGAAACACGGGAUAGAGGGAAGACAAGAGGACCUGGUGGAGAGCGAAGAGGGAACAGACAGUGAGGCGGAAUGGAUUGCGAGAGGGACGAGAUUGAGCAUUACACUUAGGUGGCUAUUGCCUGGGGCAGAUAUAGUUGGAAGACCAGAUCAGCAAGGAUCAAGCCACAUUCAAACAUCUAGAACAAAUCAGUGCGAUAAUUCAAAUGUAUGA